UUGUUGGAUUUAAAACCGUUCUCCCAUUAAUGCCAAAGCCAGCAGAGGUACCAACUAUAGCUCCAUGGCCAGAAGAUACCAGCAGCUCUGCCUUUACUGAAAUUUCAGCUGGAGAAAGGUCCACAGCACAAUGAGGCUUUUCACAGGCAUUGUUUUCUGCUCCUUGGUCAUGGGAGUCACCAGUGAAAGCUGGCAUUCGUUUUUCAAGGAGGCUCUCCAAGGGGUUGGGGACAUGGGCAGAGCCUAUUGGGACAUAAUGAUAUCCAAUCACCAAAAUUCAAACAGAUAUCUCUAUGCUCGGGGAAACUAUGAUGCUGCCCAAAGAGGACCUGGGGGUGUCUGGGCUGCUAAACUCAUCAGCCGUUCCAGGGUCUAUCUUCAGGGAUUAAUAGACUACUAUUUAUUUGGAAACAGCAGCACUGUAUUGGAGGACUCGAAGUCCAACGAGAAAGCUGAGGAAUGGGGCCGGAGUGGCAAAGACCCCGACCGCUUCAGACCUGACGGCCUGCCUAAGAAAUACUGAGCUUCCUGCUCCUCUGCUCUCAGGGAAACUGGGCUGUGAGCCACACACUUCUCCCCCAAGACAGGGACACAGGGUCACUGAGCUUUGUGUCCCCAGGAACUGGUAUAGGGCACCUAGAGGUGUUCAAUAAAUGUUUGUCAAAUUGAA